GGGUGGGCCGUGUCAAACCACCCCCACCACCUGCAACGCAUUGCAGCCCUGCUCCCCUUCCUUGGGCCUCGUCCUCUCCAAACAGCCCCUGCUGCUGCGGGGGGGGGAGGAGGGAAGCUCUCCAUCUCACCCCAAGAAGAGGAAGCUGCUAUUUUAGGCAAGGAGGAAACUUUUCUUUCGCACAAACGCUGAAGCUGAACCAGCAAAGGGUCGCGAAUCCCUGCCAAUCCCUUCUCCGUGCGCUCUCACUGCGCUCCUCGCCAUCUCUGGGUUCCUGCGGGGCGGCGGUGGGAGCAAAGCGGUGCCCGGAGCGCAGCGCAGCCCCACGCAGAUGGCGCUGCUGCUCCGCGCACGGCCGGAGCCGCUCGGGGCUCUCGGUGCAAUCGGUUUCCUGAAACCGGAUUCACAACGUUGACAGAACGGCCGCUGUCACCGCCGCUUGUAGCCAUGGACCUGAGAGCUGAGCUGCUCAAGUCCAUUUGGUACGCCUUCACCGCUCUGGAUGUGGAGAAGAGCGGCAAAGUGUCCAAAUCUCAGCUCAAAGUGCUGUCCCACAACCUGUACACGGUGCUGUGCAUCCCCCACGACCCCGUGGCACUGGAGGAACAUUUCCGAGAUGAUGACGACGGGCCGGUGUCCAGCCAGGGCUACAUGCCCUACCUCAACAAAUACAUCCUGGACAAGGUGGAGGAAGGUGCUUUUGUCAAAGAAAAUUUUGAUGAGCUCUGCUGGACUUUGACAGCGAAGAAAAAUUACAAGCCUGACCGGAACGGGAAUAGCGUUGUAUCCCACCAGGAUGCCUUCAAGCUCUGGUGUCUCUUCAACUUUCUGUCUGAAGACAAAUAUCCUCUCAUCAUGGUGCCAGAUGAGGUGGAGUACUUGCUAAAGAAGAUCUGCACAGCCAUGAAUGUGGAGCUGAAUUCCUGUGAGCUGGACGACUGCCUGUCCCAGGAACCACAGGGGCAGGGCGGCCUGACAGUCUGGCAGUUCCUGGACAUGGUGAACUCGGGGCGGCUCCUGCGGGGCAUCGAGCAGGAAGCCAUCAGCAUGGCAGUGGAGGAGGUGUACCAAGAGGUCAUUGAGGACGUGCUCAAACAGGGCUACCUCUGGAAGAAGGGCCAGCUGAGGAGGAACUGGUCGGAGCGGUGGUUCAUGCUAAAGCCCAGUGCCUUGUCCUACUACGUGAGUGAGGAACGGAAGGAAAAGAAGGGGAGCAUCACCUUGGACAAGCACUGCUGUGUGGAGGUGCUGCCUGACCGGGAUGGGAAGAGGUGCAUGUUCUGUGUGAAGACCUCAUCCCGCACGUAUGAGAUGAGUGCUUCUGACACCCGGCAGCGCCAGGAAUGGACGCUAGCCAUCCAGACUGCCAUUCGACUGCAGGCUGAAGGCAAGAAGUCCCUGCACAAAGACCUGAAGCAGAAGCGACGGGAGCAGCGCGAGCAACGGGAGCAGCGCAAGGCGGCCAAGGAGGAGGAAACACAGCGGCUCAAGCAGCUCCAGGAGGAGAAGGAGCGGAAACUGCAGGAGCUGGAGCUGCUGAAGGAGGCCCAGCGGCAGGCAGAGAUACUGCUGCAGGAGGAGGAGCAGAGGCGGAGGCAGCAGCACGAGGAGAUGCAAAGGACCCUGGAGAUCCAGCUGCGGGAAGCCGAGCAGGCACGUGCCUCCAUGCAGGCAGAGAUGGUCCUGAAGGAAGAGGAGGCUGAGCGUCAGCGUAAGCGCAUCAUGGAACUGGAGGAGAUGCAGGAGCGGCUCCAGGAGGCCCUGCAACAGGAGGUGAAAGCACGGCACGACGAGGAGUCCGUGAGAUACGCACAGGCCAGGCUAUUGGCUGAGGAAGAGGAGAAGCUGAAGCAGCUGAUGAAACUGAAGGAGGAGCAGGAGGAAUACAUCAUCAAAACUCAGCUGGAGAAGCAAGUCCUCAAACAGGAGAUGGAGAACAAGAACAAGUGUCUGGAAGAAGCCCAGAAGCAGCUGGAAGAAGUGAGAGUGAACAGGCAGCGGGUGGACCAAGACGUCAUGGCAGCCCAGCGGAAGCUGAGGCAGGCCAGCACCAACGUCAAGCACUGGAACGUGCAGAUGAACCGCCUGAUGCAUCCAAUCGAGCCAGGAGACAAACGUACAAACAUGAGUGGAGGAGGCUUUGCUGGCUACCCACCCCUCAUGUGCCGGAGAGAUUCCUCCCUCAAACUCAGGCAGAAAGUAGAGGAUAAAGGCAGUGACCCCAUGAGGGAAAGCAGCAAAGAGAACAUGAGCAAUGGCGGGAGCAGCAGCCCACUGCCGUCUUCAGAUGCAGACACCAUGGCCACAGAGCCCUCCAACCAGUAGCAGGAUGGCAGAGCCCAGCGGGGAGCUGCAGGGCCCAGCAGGCCUGGUCAGCAUGGUCAUCUCAGGUUGGAGAUCAGCAGAGACCAGCACCAAGCCUAUAGGUGACUGACUACAUGUAGAGCAGAGGUGCUCCAUGCUGCAGCCACAACAUGCCAAGAACUCAGACAGCCCAACGUCAGGAGAACGCAGCAGGGCCAUUUCCUCCUCUGGGCUGCCCAGGUGUGGGGUCUGGAUUCAGCUCCCUGCACACCAGACGCUGGUUUCAACACUGCCUUAAGAUGCCACCAGUGGGUCUGGACUGUGUGGCCCAGGACUGCCAUUCCCCCUUGAUUUCUACUGGCUGUGCCAGCAGCAUCAUCCACUGUGCCCUUGGACACGUUGUCCUCAAAAGGGGCCUCCAGGGCAGCUUUAGGGACUGAGCGGUGCCUUCUCACUACCCCUACACAAAGGGCACUUUUGGCAAUGACCAGGUGGACCAAUAUGUCCUUAACUACACGUGCUUCCCUGAAGGUGGUUGUUAAGUCACUGGAGUCACAUAGAUGUCAAUAUAAACCAAGAAGUAAUAAAGCUUUUGGAGCCACUGGCCCAUAAACCUUA